AUGCAUUGGAGACUAGCAAUAGAAGAAUAUGAGUAUGAAAUUAUUUAUAAGCCAGGUUUAUUAAAUACUAAUGCCGACGCCCUCAGUAGAAUACCACAAAUUAUGCAAAUUGAAGAGGAACAAGUGGUAAGCAGUAAAACAUAUAAUGAGUAUAUGGAUUAUAUUAAGACAAAUAUAGUCCAAAACGUGAAUAUUGUAGAAAUAGCUGGUAAUAUUUUUGAAGACGAACAUUCACAUCUCGUACAUUAUGUAUCACAGGAAUUGACAUUAAAAGAAGGAUUGGCACUGGAAUUCCGACGACGAUUCGGGAAUCUGGAAAGUAAUCAGAAUAAAAAAAUUACAGAUUUAUUGUAUUUCAAAGAAGGUAACCGUUACAUAAUAUAUAUGAUUUUUUGGUCAGAGAAAGAGAAAAGUCAAAUUACUUAUGAAAAUGUGUAUAAUUGUCUACAGAAUUUAAAAACAUUUUGUUUAAACAAUCAAAUUACAGAUUUAUCAGUAUCAAAAACAGGUGAUCAUAUUUUUCAGCUCGAUUGGGCAACAGUAAGAAUAAAGAUGAUUUAA